AUGAAACUUAGCAUAGCCCCAGGUUUAGGAGAACAUGUGUAUAACAUCCCAUCAGAUGGACUGGAAAAAGUGAAGGAGUACUUAAGGAAGUGCAAGAAUGGACGCGAAGACGGGUCAACACCCAUAUCUCCAAGUGAACCAGUUCCUCCACCACAACCACCCGCACCCCCGAAUGAGCCUGAACAGCCAGCGCCGCCAGACGGACCUCCCACUGCUUCUCCCGAAGAACCAGAAGCACCACCCCAACCCCCACCUGGACCUCCGCCCCCACCCGGACCUGCGCCUCCACCAGAAGCUCCGGUGACAACUACAACUACCGAGGCCCCACUUCCCGAUUACUGCUAA